GAGAGAGAGAGUCGCAAGUCAUACAUGAACGCAUCUCUUCACAUUGUCCUUACUGUUGCUUUGCUUUGGACGAACAAGGUAUUGCGCUCCGUGAGACGGACUAUCUUUGGACCGGAAACCACCAGCACCCAAAACUGUGUUCUGCUCCGAAGGCGAACGCCUUGAUGAAGUGAAUCUGCAACUGUCUCGAAGUGAAAUGUACUGAAUCGGAUUGGAAAGCAGGUCACCAACAUCCCAAUAUGCGCGUUGGAGUGCGCUGGCGAAUUGUGCCUUUACUUUAUUCAGUAGCGUUGUCGUGAUGUUCAACACUUCAGGCAUUGAGCUCCCAUUGAACAAGAAGGAAGAUAUUUCUGAAGUUACUAAUGGCACCUGGCAGCUUUUCUACAACGUCCUGCAGAACAUCGGACCCACAACCAUGCGGAAUGAGUCGUGCGGGGAGCAGCUGCUGAAUUUCAGGCGCCCGGAGAAGAUCAUCAUCGGAGUGAUGCUGGCCGUCAUCACAGCGGUCACGGUGAUGGGAAACACGCUGGUCGUAAUUGCGGUGUGCGUGGUGAAGAAAUUACGGCAGCCUUCAAACUACCUCCUGGUGUCUUUAGCCGUGGCCGACUUGUCCGUGGCCAUAGUGGUGAUGCCAUUUGUUAUAGUGACUGACCUCACCGGGGGCAAGUGGCUUUUUGGCGAGGUCUUUUGCAACAUAUUCAUCGGCAUGGAUGUAAUGUGCUGCACGGCGUCCAUCAUGACCCUCUGUGUGAUCAGCGUGGACAGGUAUCUGGGCAUCACACGGCCCCUAACCUACCCAGCACGACAAAAUGGUCAGCUCAUGGCAAAGAUGAUCUUGGGUGUGUGGUUGGUGUCAGCAUCCAUCACUUUGCCCCCCUUCUGUGGCUGGGCCAAAAACGUCCACACGGCCGGCGUGUGCCUCAUCAGCCAAGACAUUGGCUACACCAUCUAUUCCACAGCCGUAGCCUUCUACAUCCCUAUGCUGGUAAUGCUGUUCAUGUAUUACAAAAUCUUCCGGGCAGCCCGCAAAAGUGGUGCCAAACACCGCUUCACUGACCUUUCUCGCCGGGAGCGCCUGGAAACGGUGACUAAUGAGGCGCUACGAAUGCAAGGCCUAAAGCCUCCUGGUGUGGCAGAGGAGUGCGCCGCCCUGUCCCGACUGCUGAACCGUGAAAGGAGAAACAUCUCCAUUUUCAAACGAGAGCAGAAAGCGGCCACAACACUGGGGGUUAUUGUGGGGGUCUUCACUGUGUGCUGGCUACCAUUCUUCAUUCUAUCCACUGCGAGGCCCUUCAUCUGUGGGGUCGUGUGCAGCUGUGUGCCCAUCUGGUUGGAGCGCACGCUGCUCUGGUUAGGUUAUGCCAACUCCCUAAUGAACCCCUUCAUCUAUGCCUUCUUCAAUCGAGACCUACGCUCCACUUACCGUGACCUUCUACGCUGCAGAUACCGAAACAUCAACCGCCGUCUGUCAGCGGUGGGCGUGCACGAAGCCCUCAAGGUCUAAAGAGGUUUUGCAGCAGACAGUGACUUACAGAGCGAGACGUGGUGGCCCUGCGCUUGUACUAGUGCACCUCGUGGAUUGUGGCGUGUACGCAGCAGGCCUGUAGAUAAAACACAUUCUGACAGAAUGUGAGUCACUGUCAGUAGCUUUCCGGUCCCACUGAGAAGGCAGAUAGACAGCGUUAUCAUUGCUGUCUCUGUGUGUGUGUGUGUGUGUGUGUGUGUGCGUGUGUGAAGAGACACAGUUAUGCUAUUUUGGAAAAGAAAAUCAUAGACUGAACUUUGUGAAAUAAUCAAGUCGACUGCUUUUGUGCAUUUAUUGGUGGGUGACAAGCUGUGUUACACAAUCAAUCAUCUUGUGCUCUUCAAAGAUAAUGGAGGCUAAUCGAUUUCUGUAUACUACAAAAAUGAUGUUCAAUAAAGAAACUUGGUCGGGCACAAAGCAUAUUAAGUUCUUCUGUUGAACAAAUUCUGUGUAUUUUCCUGUGCACUUCUGUUAGAAGUCAUCGUUUGAAAGAGGUUGUCUUACUGAAUAAAUGAGAAAAAAAACAACCAAUAAUUUAAAGUGUGGCGAUGAAAGUUGUCAUGGAUUAUACGAGUAAAAAUAUCUAUGAUUUGUUUGUUUGACUUGAAAGAUCUGUCCCACACGUUACUUUUGGAUUUUAAAUAGUCAAAUGUCACCAUAAGAGUUCCAUGUUUCACACUGUCACACACUUGAAUUCUGUCUUGAGUUUUUCCACGACUUGUUAUUUUUCACACCACAGUUGUCUUGCUGACCUCGAUAAAACAAGUCAACGUAUCACUUUAAGAGACAAUAAGAUCCAGAGACUGCUCCCACUGGUAGUCAAGAGUGUCCCUAAUCUUGUAUGUGAGAUGAACCGUCACAACAUAUCACUCCCAUUACAAGUCUUUGGUGACUUGUACAACUUGUCUCACAUGCCAUCAGUCAAACAGUGUGUGCUGAUUCUACCUCGACUUUUGACAAUACUCUACAUUACCUCCGGGCUGAUGUGACUCAAUAUUCUUUUUGUAAUCAAUCGCUGUUUUUCAAUCAUGUGAUGUGGAUCUCGAACUGCCCUCUUUCAGCACUGACAUUAUCUUUAGUGGCAAAGCAUCUACAGUAUUAACUUUGUAAAUAAAGAAAUACCCAGUUAUAAAGUCA